UCUCGCGGUGGCCAACCUCGGCAUCCCCGUGCACAGCAACACUUAGGGAGCACGCUCCCGCCAGCCGCGGAUCGAUCGGUGCCCCGUGGGUCGAUAUCUGCAGGCGGCUGCAGCUCUGGGCGAACAACCGUGUUCCACACGGGUUGUUACCUCCACACGCCAAGUGGCAGACACGGGGAACCGUCGCAUCCACCCAACUCUGCCUCUUUUGGCCUGAAACCUUCUCGAGUCGUCCCUCAGACAACACUUCUCGAGGCUGGAGGAGCUGCCCUCCUCCCGUAGCCGGUGCCGUAACCUGUGCGCGGCCCCCUGUGGGCCUCAACCAGUGUGGAACGUCACGCUUCCUGGUAGGUCGCUUCCGCCUAUCUCGCUGCGACCAGCUUCCACACGCACACGUCCGGAAUUCAGCCGCGUUUGCUGCAGCGCCGCUAUGGGCCGACGUUGAACACCCCUGGUACCAGUCGGCGUGCGGUUUCAGGGCCUGGCGUGCAGCGGGGAGGGCAGGAGGAGACGAUUUUCUAGGAUCUGGAGGGAUUUGGCCCUUGCCUAAUCCUGGGGACCAUGGAAACCCCCCGGCCAACAGGCCGACACCCCCAGGCCUGCUCCCCGCCCCCUUGUGGUGGGGCAACAAGCACGAGCAGCAGUGGUGUGGGGCUGGUGUAGCGUUUGCACUCUCAUUCGCACGCAGGGGUUCUUAGAGACAAGCGGGCAGAACAACGCAAGGAGCGGCACCGGGCACCGGCCGCUGUUCUCGUUUUUUCGGCAUGCACUACUGCUGUACGGCUCAGUAGUACUGGCUGUACUGCUGUACUGCUGUACUGCUGUUGAAAAUUCUGAACACACCAAGCCAGCAGCCAGAGCAGCCACCCUGCUCCCUAGAUAGCACCCCUUCGUGUUGUUGCCACAACAAGCAACGGCCGGCCGAGAGUACUGCUGCUGUGCUGCUGUUCUGCUGUACAGCAGUUGUUGUGCGUUUCAUGUAUGAUUGCGCAUUGCGUCCCCGAACGCAACAAAUCGCCGCGAGGGUUUCCCCCGCCUUUUUGCUGUAGAACCACAGCAGCCUUGUUCUGGCCGCUGCCUGCAUGCGUGCAUGCCCUCUUCUCUGUCGGUGUACGCCGUUUUCGUGAAAACACACGCAAAUGCCGCAACUCUAGACAUGCU